CUUCCCUACCUUAACCAACAUAAAUUUUCUCACCAUUUUCCUAACCAUGUCCACCUCUAGAGCCUCAUCAAACACUUCCCUCAAAGGACAUGACCAUCAUCACAAUCAACCUCAAAUAAACUUAUCUCUACUUCAACGGAACACGUCGGUUUACAGCGACAAAAGAGGAAGAAGAAAACAAGUAGAACCUGGUAGGUUUCUUGGUGUAAGGAGAAGACCUUGGGGUAGAUAUGCAGCUGAAAUCAGAGAUCCUAAUACUAAAGAAAGACAUUGGUUAGGAACUUUUGAUACUGCUCAAGAAGCUGCUUUUGCUUAUGAUAGAGCUGCUCUUUCCAUCAAAGGCAGCGAUGCUAAAACAAAUUUCAUAUAUUCAACUCAAUCUGAUGAAACCAAUCUUCACAAUGUUGUUAAUCCUUUAGAUCCUCAAAAAACACAACCAGUUACCAACCAAACCAGCCUUAGUAAUUCUCAUUUGAACAAUGAGAAUUUGUUCUUCUCUGAUGAUUCUACUAACUCAGGCUAUCUUGAAUGCAUUGUUCCUGUUAACUGUUUCAACCCUAUUUCAAAUACCAACGAUUCAAACUUUGAUCAUAAGAGCAAUGCAAGUGGUUCAAGUGAACAUUGCCAAAACGGUGUUGAUUCCAUUAGUACAGCAAAUUUCAUGCAGGGUCAAUCAUUUUUUGACAACAAUGCAUUCUCUCAAGAAGCAUUAUACAUGGACACAAGUGAAAGUAGUGAAGACUUAUGGGAUUGCAAAUAUAAUGAACUUUCAGCUAUUUUUAACAAACCGUUGAGUAAUGAAAGUUCAAACUAUGAACUAAUGACAACUCAUGAUGUUUCUUCAUAUUCUUCUUUUGGCGAAGUUGACAUGGAAUACUCGCUCUUUUGA